GUCUGUUCUUCCAGAUGCGACAGUAGGCUACUGUAGGACUCCAUAAUUUGGAGGAGAUGCUGCUGCAGAAGGCCAUCGAGACCGAGCCACUGCUUCACUAUAUGCGUGGGACUGACUGACGAGCUCGUCCUCAGGGUCGGGUUGGGGCAAUGCCAUGCAAGAGCUCCUUCUAAACUCUUACUUGGCAUACAGCUCAGGACGUUCAUUCGUCUUUGACAACUAUACAUGGAAUCGGGAUGGCCCAGACUACACCGACUAUAAUGGCAAACUGAUUCCUUCACGCAUUCCUCUCUCAGCGUUGAUAGGAGGUCCUACUGUUGGCGGGCCAUUCCCGCCCGGCGAUCCUCCGCCUCGCGCUGUGAUCAAGGAGUACUUUGAUGGAGUCUGCCCGUCUCCAGUGAAGAUCAUGAGUGACGAAGUAACGCGGACCUUGGACUCGGAAGCCUCAGCGCAGGCCGUGCUGGAGGGAUGGGUACAGAAAUUGAACGAGUCCGACCGGUGUAUCGAGAUCGACCGCGAGUCCGAACAGAUUUUUUCUAUCUGGAUCUUUGGUUCAACUCGCGUGCUUGACAUCUUCCCUGGCUUUGCCAAGUCACCUAUCAUGACAGAGUUCCGCUGGUCUCCACUUAUCGAAGAUGCCUUCACUACCAACCGACCGAUCUUCUCGCCCGCAUCCGGUCUAGAAAGCUACUUCCCAUCCUUCCCGUUCUUCGGUAGCGGCAGCGGCGACGGCAAUCCCUACCCACCGCUUCCUGGCCUGCUGGUGCUGCACAUUCGGCGGGGCGACUUCGCGGACCACUGCAUGCAUCUCGCGCGGUGGUCCAGUCGCUACAACGGGUUCAACUCGUUCCCAGAGCUGCCGGACAAGUUCGAGCCUCCGCCGGGCUCCGGGUGGGGCGAAGCGACGGAGGAGAACGCGCAGAUCUACAUGAAGCAUUGCUUCCCUAGCAUCGAGCAGAUCGUAGCGAGGGCUGAGGAGGUGCGCGAGACGCCAGAGGGAAAAGGCCUGAAAAAUGUGUAUAUUAUGACGAACGGCGCGAAGGAGUGGCUGCAGGAGCUGAAAGACGCGCUGGCGGCGACAGGGCAUUUCAAGAAGGUGACAAGCAGUCGCGAUUUGAGGCUGAGUUGGGAACAGAAGUAUGUUGCGCAGGCCGUGGAUAUGCUUAUUGGCCAGAGGGCACAGGUGCUCAUCGGCAAUGGGUUCUCUAGUCUCACGUCUAACAUUGUUAUGCUGCGUAUGGCAAGCGACCUUCCACCGGAGAGCAAUCGCUUCUGGUGA